AAUGAAAUGGCAGAGAGUAGGAAUGAGAUUCUUGCAGACAAUGCCCCGUCCAGCGGCCGGUUUACAAUCCGUUCGCUGAUCAGCACAGAGGAAAGUGGCAAAUCUUCUUCAAAUGGACCUCAGGAAACCACUUAUGACACCUUUAACCCCAAUCUCACGCAGUCCAGCACCUUGUACAUGAGGACUUUUGGGUACAAUACAGUGGAUGCCGUGCCAAACUAUGACCAUUAUGCCAACACCGAAAUCUCUGGGGAAAUAAGAAAGGUCAGACCUACCCUUGAGGAUCUUCACUCCAUUUUAAAGCAUGAGUCCAGCCGAAACCUGCAGCCGCCGGGUUACGAGGCCAGCCUGGAAACCCCGGAAGGAGAGGCUGGGAAUGCGGACGAAAAGCCAGUUGGAGAGCCUGUUAGGUUUGGAUGGAUCAAAGGUGUGAUGAUACGCUGCAUGUUGAAUAUCUGGGGAGUAAUUCUGUAUCUUCGGCUGCCGUGGAUAACGGCUCAGGCAGGCAUAGCGUUGACAUGGCUUAUUAUCUUCAUGUCUGUGACUGUAACCAGCAUCACUGGGCUAUCCAUUUCUGCCAUUUCCACCAACGGGAAAGUCAAAUCAGGUGGCACCUAUUUUCUGAUCUCAAGAAGUCUUGGACCUGAACUGGGGGGUUCUAUUGGCUUGAUAUUUGCGUUUGCCAACGCUGUAGCAGUUGCUAUGCACACCGUAGGAUUUGCCGAGACUGUCCGCGACCUGAUGGCGGAAUUCGGAUCAGCCAUUGUCGAUCCAGUGAAUGACAUCCGGAUUAUUGGGAUAAUAACAGUCACGGUCCUGCUUGGUAUAUCACUGGCCGGCAUGGAAUGGGAGGCAAAAGCACAGGUUCUGUUCUUCAUAGUUAUCAUGAUAUCAUUUGUCAAUUAUUUGGUUGGGACGGUGAUUCCACCCACCGAAGAAAAAAUGGCAAAGGGAUUUUUCAGUUAUCGAGCGGACAUCUUUGCAGAGAAUUUUGUUCCUAAUUGGCGAGGACAAGAUGGAAGUUUCUUUGGAAUGUUCUCUAUUUUCUUUCCGUCAGCUACUGGGAUUCUGGCCGGUGCAAACAUUUCUGGUGACCUGAAGGACCCAGCUGUAGCUAUUCCCAAAGGGACACUGAUGGCAAUCUUCUGGACUACCGUGUCCUAUCUGGUUAUAUCUGCGACCAUCGGGUCCUGUGUAAUUCGGGACGCCUCUGGAAGCCUGAAUGACACCAUCACUGAAGCAGGCCCCUGUGUGGGUCUGGGCUGUCAAUUUGGAUGGAACUUCACCGACUGUGCCCUGAAGCAGGACUGUAAACAGGGGCUGAGCAAUUACUACCAGACUAUGAGCAUGGUGUCUGGCUUUGCGCCUCUUGUCACUGCUGGAAUCUUCGGAGCCACGCUGUCUUCUGCCUUGGCCUGUCUGGUCUCUGCCCCCAAAGUCUUCCAGUGUCUCUGUAAAGACAAUCUUUACCCGCUGAUCGGUUUCUUUGGCAAAAGUUAUGGAAAGAAUAAUGAGCCAAUUCGUGGAUAUAUCCUCACUUUCCUAAUUGCAUCUGCAUUCAUCCUCAUAGGCGAGCUGAAUACAAUCGCCCCGAUCAUCUCUAAUUUCUUCCUGUGCUCUUAUGCUCUUAUUAAUUUUAGCUGUUUCCAUGCCUCCAUCACUAACUCCCCAGGCUGGAGGCCUUCGUUUAAAUACUACAGCAAAUGGGCAUCGCUUUUUGGAGCAAUAAUAUCGGUGGUCAUCAUGUUCCUUCUGGCCUGGGAGUCAGCCCUGAUUGCCAUCGGCAUUGUCAUAUUUUUGUUGGCCUAUGUGCUCUAUAAGAAGCCCGAAGCGAACUGGGGAUCGUCGGUGCAGGCCGGAUCCUAUAACAUGGCUCUGUCUUACUGUGUGGGGCUAAAUCAAGUGGAGGAGCACAUCAAAAACUUCAGGCCUCAAUGUCUGGUCCUAACUGGACCUCCAAACUUCCGUCCGGCUCUUGUGGACUUUGUCGGGACCUUUACCAAGAACCUGAGUCUGAUGGUCUGUGGCAACGUAAUUAUUGGACCCCGAAAACAGAAAAUACAGGAGUUGAACCCAGCCGGGCAUGUCAAGUGGUUAAACAAAAGGAAGAUUAAAGCCUUUUACACCGGGCUCAUUGCUGAUGACCUGCGCAGCGGAGUUCAAAUGCUCAUUCAGGCAACAGGCCUGGGGCACAUCAGGCCAAACAUGCUUGUUAUGGGAUUUAAGAAGAACUGGCAGACAUCGCACCCCAGGAACAUCGAGAGUUAUGUAGGAAUACUGCACGAUGCAUUUGACUUUAACUAUGGGCUGUGUCUGCUGAGGAUGAAAGAUGGUCUCAAUAUCUCUCGUGUCAUGCAGGCUCACAUUAAUCCAGUGUUUCAACAAUCAGAGGAACCGAACGCGAAAGAUGGGGGAGAGAAUGGAGCCACCUGCAUCCCGCAUGAGACGCUGGAUCCAGAAGCUCUUACCGUGGAACAGCAGGCGAGCACCAUCUUCCAGAUUAAGCAGGAGAAAAAGACGAUUGAUAUUUAUUGGCUGUUUGACGAUGGAGGACUGACCCUUUUGAUCCCAUAUUUGCUGAGUCGUAAGAAGAGGUGGGAGAAAGCUAAAAUUCGUGUUUUUGUAGGAGGACAAAUCAACAGGAUGGAUGAAGAACGCAAAGCGAUGAUCGCUCUGUUGAAUACGUUCAGAAUCGGGUUCCAUGAAGUCCACGUUUUGCCAGACAUCAACCAAAAACCUCGCCCAGAGCAUGUGAAGCGGUUUGAGGACCUCAUCGCUCCAUACAUGCUGAAUGAUGGCUUCAAAGACGAGCUAGUGGUGAAUGAGAUGAGACGAGACUGUCCCUGGAAGAUUUCAGAUGAAGAACUUAAAAGGAAUAGAUUGAAGUCCCUGAGACAAGUCCGUCUGAACGAGGUGCUGCUCGAUUAUUCCCGGGAUGCUGCUCUCAUUGUUAUAACAAUGCCCAUUGCAAGGAAGGGCAAGUGUCCCAGCUCUCUGUACAUGGCCUGGCUGGAGACUCUCUCCCAAGAUCUGAGGCCUCCAGUCCUACUGACCCGGGGCAAUCAGAAGAACGUGCUGACGAUGUAUUGCCAGUAACGGCUUCUACAGAGAACACCCCCUUGUUCACGGCCUUCCGCUCCUACCUCCGAGCCCAAAGAAUAAAUACGGAUGUCGC